UAUAUUCUAAACAAGUGGAAAAUCAAACUUCUCAGGAAACUAUGGCUGACCGUCGGCAAAAUGAAUCUCGCAAAGGACAAGGAUUGAGAAGUGCCCAAGAUCAGGAGGAGGAGAUUCAAAAAGGCAUAAAUUCUAAAGAUUCAGCAGAGCUUCUUCAAAAUUUACAGAGGAGCUUACAAAGCCAUUGCGAAGUUAUAAUGUAUUUUACAAAAGCGCUAACAGCACAGAAAGGGGCAUCUAAAGAUGUUGUUUUGAAAGAUAACACGCAUGAAAUGUUUCAGGCAAAACCUGUCAAACUUUGGACUUCGUUUAAUGAGAUAUGUUGCAACAUACAAACUAUUUCUGAGCACUAUGGUUUCAACCCUAGUCAUUUGAAUAUUCAGCAGCUCUUGGAGAUGGUGGAAAAGUAUAAACUUGAAGACAAAGUGCAAAUACAAGUUAUGCAUGAUAAAAGUGGAGACGUAGCAAGAAAGGUAGAAAAUGAACUGACAGUCAGACUUCAGUGCCGAAUGGGCGUGAAAUUCAAGACAUGUAGAAUGUUUGGAGAUUAG